AUGGCGCUCCACGCCAUGCUCGGCGUCCGGGAAGCAGGUCUCUUUGGUGAGGUGGGAAGCAGAAGAGAUCCCCACCGACUCACCCGACUCAUCCUCGUUCCUCCCCAACCUUUCCGCUCCCUCCAACAUCGCCGCCGCCGGCCACUCCCCGUCUCUCUGGACCUCGCCGCCGGCCUCUCUCCGUCCCCUCCCCUCCCCUUCCCUCAUCAGGAAAGAAGAGAAGAGAAGCCGAGAGGGAGAUCGAGCGAGCGAGUAGGCCAGCGGCAGCCGUGGCGCUCCGGCUCAGAUCCGCCAACGCUGUCGUCCAGGGCCUGGGGCUCGACGGAGGUCGGCUCCGUCCCCGGCUCCGUCCCCGCCACGGGUCGCCGGAGGCCGCCUUGCUCAACUCGCGACCCCUCCCCUCCUUAUUCGUCGCUCAUUCCUUCCCUCACCCCUGCUCGCCUUCACCGGCGGCGGUGGCUCUCGCCGCGCGACCUCUCGGCGGACCAGGUCGCGCGUGACCGCGUCCUACUCCUCGUCCGCAGCAAAGCCUCCUCCUUCAGUAAUCUGGGCAGGAGCACAUGCAUCGACCACUUCUGCCUCGAAUACUUGGAGGAGCACAAGGUCGAGGAGCAUCCUCAAAACACCAAGGUCCGGGCCAUCCUCCGCAGCCAUGGCAUCAACCUCCACCUCCAUGACGACGGAGACCAUGUCAAGGCCACUUCUGCCCCGGAUAUUUGGAGCACAAGGUCGAGGGGCAUCCCCAAUGCACUAAGGUCCGGGCCAUCAUCCGCAGCCACGGCAUCAACCUCCAUGACGAUGGAGACCAUAGAUCCUCUCAAUGGGACCCAAGAAUGCCAGUGAGUCACUUUGGCAAGGAUCCUGGUGUGUCGCACAGUCACACCAAGUCGUAUGUGCGCUCCAAGGAAAGGAAGUUUGAGAAG